CCAUAAGAUUGGCCAGUAAAAAAAUGCAAAGCAUCUAACAAAUAUGAAAUCCACGUGUCACUCUCUUGAGUGUCUGCUCCUGGAGUCCAUGUUGAUUCCAAGCUCCCAAAACCGCACAAUCACAAAAGCAGGAAUCCCGCCGCCCUGCGAAUCGCCAUGGAUAGCGCUCUCCUCCAUCACGCCGUCGGCGUCUCUCCUAAUCCCAAGCUCAAGCGCCCCUGCUACCCCAACCGCAUCUCCACCCCGACCUCCGAUCCCAAUCAAUUCGACGCGCUGCUGGAAUCGCUCCUCGAUUUCCACGAUUCAUCAGCGAUCACUCUCGACCUCGCCAUCGAUCGCAUAAUCGAGUCCCGCCCCCACGAUUCCGACAAGAAUGACGUCAUCCACCGCGCGCUCCGUCUCGGCUCCGCACUCACUGAAGCGGCCAAGCGAUCCGCUAGGAGGCGCGCUUCCACGCACAACGCCGUCGUUUGGCCUCUGCCGUCCGAUCUCACUAUUAAGGUAUUCUCUUUGCUUGAUACACAGAGUGUAUGUCAUGCAGCUGCUACGUGCUCCUUCUUCAAUAAGUGUGCUGCUGAUCCAUUGUGCUAUUCCGAUAUUAACUUAACCACUAUUGUGCCAAGGGUGAAUAACAUAGUAGUUUCCACAAUGAUUAAACGAGCUGGAAAAGUACUGCGGUCCCUUAAGCUUGGGAUUAUCCCUGGCCCACCUGUUGCGUCACUAGGUUCGUCUCAAGCACUAGUUUAUUGUAUGAGAAACUCCUCAGAUACAUCAGGGUUUUCAUGGAACGAUAAAAAGUCGAGACAGGGAAAAGAGACAUCUGUACUUACUAGGUCUUGCUUGGCUCCAUUGAUUGGUGAUGGUGGUACUGCAGGGGCACUUUUGAAAAGGUUACACCUUUAUAACAUAGAGAGAAUGGACAACACAGCAUUUGGAGCUGCUAUAUCAGCUUGCCCUUUUUUGCUUGAUCUAGAAAUUGUUGGCCUACAUGUAGAGCUGAGGCAAACCCUGGAGUCAGUGAGUAGAUCUUGUCCCCUAAUAGAUCGUCUAUUUUUUGAAUCAUCGAAAACAGGUAGAGAUGACAGUUUAAAAUUACCGACAUGCAAUGACCUAGUGAACAAUUGCCCAUAUUUAUCCUCGUUGGCAAUUCGAGGGUUUAAAUUGCAUGACCAUAAAGUCAGGGUUCUUGUCAAGGGAUUGCGUAAUUUGAAGUUUGUUGACUUUUCAACAUCCUAUGCCAUAACUGGUGAAUUUCUUAGAAAUCUAGGUGGCAGUGUAGGUGGAAGCUUGCUGGAGGUUUUGAUUUUACGAGAUUGUAUGCAUUUGAGAGAAGCAGAAGUUUCCAGGUUGCUUUCGGCAAUUCUUGCAGGACGGUUCAAGCUUCUUAAGCACCUUGAUGUAUCCAAUCGAGAGGGGCUGGCAUCUGAUGAUGACUGGUACCAGAGAUGUUACACCCCAAGUUUCAUGUCGUUAUGUGAGUUAUUGGAAGAAAGGCCAAAUCUAAGGGUGCUUGCAGAUUUUCCUGCUGAAGGAAGUUUUGUGGAAGAGCCAGUGACCAGCAGUGAUGUCAACGAUGAUACCAACUCACCCUCCGUGGCGAGCAGUCAUACUUCUGCCGAAUACGUAUUCACUAGCUCAUCUGAAAGCAGUUAUAAUAGCGACCAAAGUAGUGGUAAUGAGGAUGACCCAAAUGCCGGCUUUCCAGUUCAUGAAGAGAGUUCAGAUGAGGUGGAUGACUUAUAGAGAGAGAGAGAGAUGUCAACAUCUUGGCCCAGUGGAACCUGCAAUAUAACUGGUACAAUUUCUACAACAACUCAUCAGGUCAUGAUAUGAAAUUUGUUGCACCAGCCUUGUUUCUUAUUUCCAUAAAAUAUAUUGAACUGUUGGGUCCCCAACUGUGCUCUUCAGUGGUAGACUUUUUGAAAAAUGUCUUUUAAUUAAAAAAUCUAAUGUGCAAAAAGUUGCUGCAUAAAUUAAUGAACAUGAUGCUGCUGCUUUUUCAAUUUGAUGAAACAAUGUUUCUGGUCAUUUAGGAAUUCUAAUUAGUGAACUUCACUGCGAGCUAUCAGGUGUUCUGCUGGUGCCCCUGCACGGAAAGCAAAUUCUACUGUCCGUUCCAAUAUCAGCCUUCUCUGCAUGGGCAGUUAUAGCUACGACUUAGUGAAAAUCAGUGCGAUUCUUAUUGCAUUAACAUGAGAAUUUUCAUUUUCUAAGCAUCAGAUAUGCUGAAAUGGAGAUCAGGUGACCUUAGAAAUCCAUUGUUGACAUUAGCAUCGGAGCUGCAUAGAUUGUGAUUGCGUUUUGUGGUCUCUGGUUGGCGUAUACAAUCACAUCCUUUCUCAAACCAUUCUGGCAAUUGCAUUACUGUUUUGGAGGACUCAGAUCGUCCAAAAUCUUAAUAGUUAAGCUCUCAAUGAUGCAGGUUUCAAGCGGUGUUUUUAAUUUGAAUCUGCAGAAGCGAGCAUAUGAGUUAUUACACCUUAAGUAGGAAUUGAUUUGGGAGAGGCCAAACCUCGGGGUUCCUAGCUGUAUAUCUGAGGGAUCGGUCCAAUUCAUCCGGCAUUAGAGUGGGAGUACUUCCAUUCAUAUAAAUUUGUAUUUUGUUAGAGAUCAGUGGAUCUGUCAACUGUUUGUUCUUAUUGACAUGUCGACUGGAGAUCGUCUGUGUUUAUCCUGGACGUUGCUUUUUCCCAUACUUUUACUGGAUAUAUGCGUUGUUUUUUAUCUUCUAAAUGUUAAUAUGAUCUUUGCAUUAGGAGGUUA